GACGCAUAUCCGCCCAACGACACCAAUCGAUACAAUGGCACCAAAGGCAGCAGCAAAGGGCAAGGGCAGCAAGCCAUCUGCAAAGGCUUCGGCCGCCGCAAAGGCAACCCUGCGCGGAGUCAACUCGCACAAGGUCACCAAAGUUCGCAAGAGCACCACCUUCCACCAGCCGAAGACCCUCACGCUCUCGCGUGCGCCCAAAUACCCUCGCCGAUCGAUCCCACGCCAGCCUCGCCUCGAUGCCGGCAAGGUCAUCAUUCACCCUCUCAACACCGAGAGUGCGAUGAAGAAGAUUGAGGAGAACAACACCCUCGUCUUCAUUGUGGAUGUCAAGGCGAACAAGAGGCAGAUCAAGGAGGCUCUUAAGAAGCUCUACGACGUUGACACCAUCAAGAUCAACACCCUGAUCCGACCGGAUGGCUCCAAGAAGGCCUUCGCCCGCCUCACCGCGGACGUCGAUGCCUUGGACAUCGCCGCAACUAAGCUUGCCAUUGUCUAAACCAGCCCAGUUGGUAGUAAGAAGGCAUUUGCCCGUCGGUGUCCCGAUGAUGUGGCGCUCGACAUUGCGUCCGAGAAGCUCAACCUCGACUGAAGCUGGCGAGCGUUGCCCCAAAAGCGAGUCUUGCAUUAGCAUUGGCGUUUGACCAGAGCUGAGGUGGGCGAAUGAAGGAACCAAGAACCAGCGAGAUGACCUGGUACGAGGAAGGCUUUUCACAUUGCUCAUCCGAGAGAGCGUAGUAUACAGCUACUGUACAAGCGCCAUGCUUAUCAGGCCUUUGCGCCAUAUAUGACUUCAUGAUACCCCAUUUGCUGUUGAUGUACAACUUCCUCCAUCUUACAUCGUCUAUUGACCCGCGUAUCUGGAAUCAGCAGUCUCAUGUAGUCUUGGGCUGUUGUACCACUCCUCCCGUGUUCAUACGACACUCCAUACUUCAUGCCGCCCCACGGCCCUCGGAAGCGCUCCCAUGCAUUGCGUCUGAUGAUGGUCCGCAGUCCUCUUUCUCCCCGUAUAGUUUCCCUCCACACCACCGCUCUUCUAUUGUCUCAUCCUCUCCAAGUUCUCGAUAACAAGCCUGUUCGCAUCCAUAAACCGAUCCACGCAGUUGCGCAUACAAGGCUCCUCGUAUCGAUCCAGCGUCCCCUGCGCUAUUUUCGAAGUCACGCACUUCUUGAAGCAUGUAUCUGUCAAGCCAUGAACGGUCUGCUGGAUUUGCGCCUUCUGACUCUCGCCUUGGAUGAAUUGGUUGAGGUCUUGUUUGUCUUUGGCAGAGAGACCCUGGAUAAGUUCGUUGGAGAUUUGGGGUUGGUCCAUGAUGGCAAUGUGAAGGUUGUUGGUGGGUUUCUUUUAAUCGGUGUACAUGAG